UUGAGCAUGAAGCAGUCAAUGAAUGAAGGUGUCAUUUACUUGCUUAUAGUUCGUGGAAAGAAGAAAAUAUUGUGGUCUGAAUGCCUAGCUUGUGAUGGCAUCAAGUUUUACACCAAGGCAGAGUAUUUUCGACAUCUGAGCAAACAUGAACAUCUUCUAUCCCUACUUUUACUGAAUUUCCCUGAAUACUCUGAACUUUAUGAGCUCACCAAGGAUCAGAAAAUACUUGAAGCUGUUCAGGCUGUUCAGAUUCCUACAGGGAACACUUCUAUUUCUGCUUAUCCAAAAACUGCCAAAAAAGUGUUGCACACUCUACGCAGUUCCCUUAUGAAAACCUUGAAACAGAAAGAGGCAUUCACUCAGUUAGCUCAGUUAGUCCUGGAUGAUUACAAAGUACGCUUAAUUGCAGACCCUGAUGCAAGUUGCCACAGAUUUGUGUCGAACCACAAUUCAAUAGAUGACCACAAUCAAUUUGACAACAAUCAUCUAACUACCAAUACUGAUAAUUUUGUUUAUGCUAGGAUAAACAGCGCUGGUGCUAUACCACUUAUGCCAUAUUCUGGCCAAAUCACAGAUAACAGAAGUAGAGAUGUUGAAAUCUUCAGUAGAGUAAGAGAUAUUGAGUCUCCACUUAUUCCCUGUCUUCAAAGUCCUGAAGCUGAUUUCAAUCCUAUUUGGUGCGGGGACACAACUGAUUGUCGCAAGAACUUUGUUCAUCACCAUAAAGGGACGUUAGUUUGGAGAACUGUCGUUGAAACGAGUAGAAUCAUUCGUGAGAGUGAAAGAAACCACGCUGAAAAUUGGAGUGGGAAAAAUUAUAGCUCAACACCAUGGGUAGAUGCAAGAUGUUCAUCUUUGGCUUACAAGUCUAAUAGAGUUGGGGCAAGUUCAUUGUCUACUGGAAACUUUGGCACAAUACUUAAUAGACUUUCUUAUAAUAAUGAGAUUAGCAAGGAGCAGAAUUAUGAACAAGCUUUGUAUAACUCCAGGCUCGCUCAUCUUGCCCCAUACCAACCUGCACUAGUGUCUGCAUUUCAAGAAAACCGCCAACUUUUGAUUCAGACCAAUCAAAACCCAUAUUGCAAAGAUCAUACCAGACCAUUUCCAGAGCAUGAAUUUGUUAGUGGUUUAGAAGGAACCCAGCAAUUCUGCAACUAUGGUCAAGUAAACAAACGGGUUGAAGCUUUCUCCUCUGGAGAACAUGAAACCUUAUGCCAUAAGCUUGAAAGUAAGCAUUCCUUACAUCCUUUCCAGAGUAGAGAACUUUUUUAUAAUAGUAGAGAACAUGAUCUUCCAUGCCUGAUGCAUGAGAACUCAAAGUCUCCACGUCCUUCCAUGUAUCCUGUCUCUUCAAUUAAGCAGAGACUUUCUUACAAGCCCAUGGAUAAAAACUCAGAAUGUGAAAAAGGAAUUAUUUUUGCAGGUGAAAAAUGCCAAAUUACUGUUGCUGCCAAAAAUAUUCAGCUUGAGACGCAAGUGAAUAGACACUUCCCAAAAAAUACCAAGCCAAAUAACAAAGAUGGUCAAUGCAUGAAAUUUCCCAAAAAUGAAGAUCAAAUAAAAAAUAAUCGUUUGAGGAGAAAGGAACUGGUGAAACGAAGGCUAUCUCAAAAUUCUGAAAUGGCUGUGAGAAACAAUUCUUGCUCAAUCCCUACUUUGUCUGGUCAGAAAGCAAUUUCUCGUGGCAUAAAUCCAUGUCCAUCUAGCCAAAAAGCCUCUUUGCCUAGCCAAAGCGCAUCAUCACUCAAUCUGACUCAGUUACCUGGUGUGUGUAAGCCAAAGGACCGAAGUACCUUUUCUUUAAUCAAAAAUUCAUUUUCAUGUGCAUCAAGUGUCUCUUCAUUGAAUCAAACUACAGCUCCAGAACAUGGGCCACACCAUGUUUGCCCAUCAUCUAUCAUCUCUUCAUUACAACCAUCUACUCAAACUACGUGCUCUGAUAAAUCUCACCAGACGAUGUUUAACAAUAACAUUACGGUGAAAAAUCCUCAAACAAAUUUCCCUCGUGAGGAAAGCUCCACUAAAAAGAUUCUCAUUGGCAGCAACACGCUUAAAAAGGCAAAUCUAACUUGUGUGCAGAAGCGAUUGAGCUCAAUUUAUUCGAACGCAAUUGAUGGAUGUACUAAUAAUAAUCCUUCAGCUAUCGAACUAUCAGACCAUUCUAAUAAACAUUCCGGCAAUAACUCGUCUGCAUCUCCUGGCACUUUGAAGCCGUUUGUGCUUGACCCUACAACCGGCAACCUUACCUCUGUGGCUGAGGAUAAACUUUUGAUCAGUCAUGAACUUCCGGCGCUUCAGUGUAGUGAGGAUAACGACUGGAAGCUGCGUAAACGGCUCGAAAACCUGAGCGGUUCUUCAAGCUUUGCCGAGUCUCCUGGCCAAUCCAAAUCAGAGAAAUGCCACGUGGCAGUGCUGUGUAACCAAGCCACUGCCACUGUGCUAACUCCGCUUAUGCGUGACAUGAACUCAGAAUUCAUUUUGACGGACAACUUGAAGGCUGCAAACUGCAAGGAAUUCAUGUCAUCGUUGGCGUUGAAGCGAGACAAGCUCGGAUCCGUGACAUGGCUGGUGAUGCUGGGGGUGGAAGUGAUAAGCGAUGUGUGUAUGCAGUCGUGUCGUUGCAACUCCAAAUGUCCUGAGAUGGUCCGCGCAAUUCAUUUCUCGGAGGAUCUCCGUGCAGAAAAGAUUAAUUUCAUAGAUAAACUGAAAGCCGAAUUCGACAUCCUCUUCAAGAACUGCACCGUGUAUUUCAUGUACGAUCGACCAAUCGUUGCUUGUCCCAAUGACUGGUCUUGGUCGACUAUUCAUCGUCUCAACCAAAAGGUAUCGAACAUGCACGUUGUCGCACGAGAUGAAGUACUCUCCCUUAAAGAGUCCUUUACAUCAUUCCUUAGACACUACUACGACCAAUUUCUGUCAGUAAAUGCCAGAGAGCCGUCGUUUGAAAACAUGCUCGAUGCAAUGCAGCUACGAACGUGUGUGGACCCUUCGGAGAAUUUGGUGUCGUUCGAAGUAAUUUGGCUCAGGCGUGUUUCUGAACUGCUAAGAGAAACGUGGUCGCCGUCCAAUAGCGUCAAGUCUGGUCUUGUUUUUGAAACGGCAGAAAAGCGUGAUGCGCCGAAAGAAAAUUUGGUUACAAGUGCGCUUGGAUACAUUAAGAAAGAACCCGACGACCCAACUAAUGUGAAUGCCUCGGAUAGUAUUACUAAUCUCCUGAAUAACUCUCCAGCUACUUCUCUUAGCAACUCGGAACACUCGUCUAUCAAGGAUCCGAAAGAUGAAGAAUUGACCCUAAGACAUUUAAACAGCACCUCAAUUAAAUUCGAAACCUUCAGCAGCGAUACAACUUUCUCCGAACGGCCUUUGUUUGAACUGCAGUCAGAUGAUAACCUUCUUGAUUCAAAGGCAGUAAAUAAAGUAGCCUUGCCUAUCAAAGACGAAAUUGAUUUCAAAUCUGAUAUUCACGACAUUAUUUUAUUCAGUACGAAGCAGAAUGCAAAUUGUCCCAGUCCGAAUGAUUCCAUUACUGAAAGAACAACUCUCUUGUCGCCAGCUAUUUCUGGAAAAAGCUCUCAAGGCGAAAGCAAUAUUAAGACCCGAACAACUUCAGCGCUGUCCGGGACAAAGUCAGCGUGUGAAGAAUCAGUGCUUUGUCUAAAUGAAGUGACUAGUGUUGACACAACUUCAUUGGCGAUGACAUGCUGCGAUAAAAUUGUUCAAAAUAUCAAUCCGAAUUCUGCGGUAAAUUCUGAUGAUUUCAACACAUCGAACCAAAGAUCUGAAUCUGUCGAAAAACUAGAAGCUGAAGCCACGACUUUGUCCGAUUCUAAACAGAACUCGGUUGAUGAAAUUGGAAAAGCAAGUCACGCUCUCUUGGAUCCUCCAGCGAAUGGGCCAGAUUCAAAUGAUCCGUGCACCAAUAAUGAUGACGAAAGCAGCGAUGCAGAUUUCAGCUACGAAUUUUCUCCUGAUGUUAGUAAAUCCGAUUUUGAUGUUCGUUGCUACUCUACUUCUCACAGUGCAUUGUUGCUUGGGCAUCAAUCAAGCUCUGAUGAUUCUGAUUUCCUGUACGACAUACCUCAACAAACUGAAACUGCAGCUCUUGAAACCGAAAAAAAUUCGGGUAAACGCAAAAUGAACGAAGAAGAGCAUUCGGGUGGGAAAUAUCUUCAAGAGUCUUGUAAAGUUAUCGGUGAACAGAAAGAGAAGCAAAAGAAAGACAAAGUGACUAUUUCACAUGCGAUUCGAGCUCAAGAUAAUUCUAGUCGGAAAUCUUCCACUUCCAGCAAAAGUAAAACUAAUGAACUUCGCGAGAAACCUGAGUGUUCCAAGCAUAUUCGUUUAGAGAAAGCUCGUGCAGAUAAAGAUGGAGCGAAGGAAAGUGAAGAAAGUUUAAACAAAGUUGAUGACUCAUCUAGUCCAUCUGAUUCCGUAGCUCCUUAUGGAUGUUCAUUGGCGCAAUCUCCCUCCAAUGAUAUUCCACUUGCACCAUCAUCUAUCCUUCCUAGUCCUCGAAGAAGGAAAAGAAACGACUCAUCAUUUCCUAGUCCUCGAAGAAGGAAAAGAAACGACUCAUCAUUUCCUAGUCCUCGAAGAAGGAAAAGAAACCGUAAUUUUGUCAUAGUGUUUGGAUUUCCUACCAAGUACUUGACUGAACUGCGCCAAGUCUUGAAAUUUUGUAAAGCACGCCAGUGUUCCGUGGUAGAACAUCAGGUUACCAAAGUUGAGGGCAUCAAGGGCAUUUUCAGCUCUCUCGAAGACAGCAAAAGAUGCUACCGCGUAUUGAAAGAUACGCGUCUUCGCUCUACUAAACCGUUUAAACAAGUCGGUAAGGGCACCGGUCGGCCACAAGAAAACCGACACAUUUUAACGCUCUCGUUAUUGCAUCAUCCGAAGCUACCGCAUUCACAAGAUGUGCCACCCGAAGAUGCACUAAAAGAUCUAAAAUUAUUCUGGAAACUGCAGAAGUACUUUGACACCUCGUUUGGUGACAGACUUCGUUUGCUUAAAAAUAUAACUGCAGAUGUUUCAACAAGAAGAACAGAGUUAAACGAAUUACCUACUGACGAUGCUGAGUUGAGCAAACCUUUCAAUCGGCAUGGGAGGAGACCGAGCCGUGCUGCUCUCUACUGGGAAAGUAGUGAUUAUCGUCGUAAGCGCGAUAUGGCUUCCACCUCCAAAGAUGUCGUAAAUUUCGCAAAUCCUGAUUUGGCUGCAUUGCCUGCAUACAAUUCCACUAGAUGUACAGAGGUUUUCAGUGCCGCGCCCACACUUCUUUCCGCCACUCCCACCACCAUUAAUGCACUAACAGAACCCUGCCCUAUUAUUACGAACCAAUCUUCAGGAGUUGCAUCUAAUCGUGUUUCCGCGGCACCGUUAAUGAACAAAAUUUCUUCAUUUGAGAUAUUAAAUUCAACCGUCAACCGGUUGAAUGUUGGUAACGAUACCGAUACCACGUCGGUGACUACUUCAACAUCCGCCGUUGGCUUAUCCACAAUUCACGCCAGCAAGUCUUGUAAUUCGAUUUCUGUUCCCUCUACAACGUCGACGUCAUGCAACGAAACUUUGGUUCAACCAUCAACACCUGCUAAUAAAAUGCGCACUCCCAGUUCUAGCUCAACCUAUACUUUUAUGAAUCCAAGAAAUUCAGUCUCAGUCGAAGCAACUUCGAAGUCCACAUAUUCAGCUGCGAUCAGUAAGCAUUCUUGCAUAAAAAAUUCUGAAAUUCAUGUGAAUGAUUCACAGUUCAUCAGUUCUGAUGUAGUAAAUUCGCUAAGCCCUAAUCUGAUGAAAAAAUUGAAGCUUGUGUUGGAGUAUUCAGCUGUUGCAUGUACCGCAUCGCAAACCGCGCAUGCCAUAGACAGUGAUAACAGAGGAACCUCGACCAUUGCAGCCAACUCCAUGAACUCUACUCUGGCUUGUACGCCGAAGGGUACUAAUUCUUCAAAUUUUGUGAAUACGUUCAAUGAGGUCAGAGAAAAUUCUACCAUAUCGAAUACAAGACAUAAAGUUUCGUUCGAAAUUCACGGAAGAAGUCCCAUUGGACGUUCGCCCAUUGAGACUUCUUCAAUGCCUGUGAUGAUUUCAGGGAGUUAUGGCCAUUCAAUGCAAGAUCUGGAUGCUAGUUUUCAAACUGAAACCGUUUGCAGCGCAUCAAGUGAUGGGCCAAUGAUUAAUUCGAAAACCCAAUUUUUGCCUCAAAAUAGUUCUCCCAACGCCACUAUCAUGCUGCACACGUCUCAAUCGUCCAAGUCCUCCACAGCCGAAAUUGAUUUUCGAUCUUCAAACUCGUCCACUUCUUUCACGAGUCUCGGGCCUUCAAAUGAAAGUUCUUCGGAGGACAAGUUUGACAAUCGAAAUGUUGAUAACAUUCGGAGUCACCCUAGCCCGGAUGAGCACCUGACUUGGUAUCGUGUCACCGAAAUCUCCCCGUACAUACCGCGCUCGCUGCUCACGCGUUUACUCGAAGCUUGUGGUACUUUGCUGACGGACAACUCUUUUUGUAACGCUCUGAAGGUGGGUUUGAAGACCGUCGCUGAUGAAGUUCUUCUGCUGAAGAUCUCCAAAAUGACCUGGUUGGGUCCCCUCAUGCGGCUCAACCGUCUGCGAAGUGUAUUCCCGGUGCCAUUAAUUGAAAGCGAGCAGUUCACCAACUCUGAGCGCGGUGUAGUGGAUGCAGCGUUCGCCGCGUGUAGCAAUGACGUACGGGAGUAUCUCACUAUUGUGGUGCAGGCUGAGUACGACUUGGUGCAAUUCAAAACUCGCAAGUGCAAGGUGCAGAACUGCGCAAGUGAGGUAUGUUUGGAUUACCACUCUGCGAAAGAUAAAAGACGCAACGUUCUUCAUCAUCCAUAUAGUCCUCAGCUUUGUAAUCACAAGAAGUUUGCUGCUACGGGAAACUGCCAGUACGGAAACGAAUGUGCAUACUCGCAAAAUCGCUUCGAGAGCCUGUACCAUCCGUAUUAUUUCAAGUACAUGUGCAAGCCAAACUGUAAUGAGAAAAACUUUUGUCCACGAAGACACCCGGGUACGGCAAUACACAACCUGACUUCAGGUGCCAUGCGGAUGUACUGCCCUGGGUAUUCCAACACGCUUUUCUUUCUGAGCGCUGUUGUACGUCUUUGCUCCUCGAAAGCAGAAUCUAUAUUUUUUCCCGGAAAAUGUCUUCAAACGUUUCCGAAACCUUUGCAAAACCGACAUGGAGGCGCCGUGCGAGCCAUCUUUGUGGUAGACAAAGACUUUUUCCAGGAGGCGUUUCUUGAAAGCGUCGCUGACCUCGCCAAAUGCUACGAGGUCGUGAUCAGCGAGCUGCUCGUCGCUCCCGACAGCAGUGCGCAAUCAACCAUUCUCCGCCCUGUUAAUAAAAACUCUCAUGUCUCCGACACCAACAUCGUGGUAGGGCGGGCUGGACUUGUUGCUGACUGGUUGCACUGCCAUCCAGCUCGCGUUGCCUCCCUUCAAUAUCUCAUCAUCGAGUAUCGUAACGAGGAAACUCUCAUCCAAUCAAUUCUUUCCAAGCUGGACGUGUGCACAUCUCGGGAUCGGAUCAAGACUGUUGUUGUUGGAGAAAACAAUUCCUUGGAUUAUCGGAAAAACAUCAGCGCUCUUCUGGGACAAUAUCUCGAGUCAGCUUUUAUUGAUGAUCGAGUUGUCAAACGGUUUUUGGCUGCUCUUCGUACAACAAACAGCGCUCCAGCUAAGGAUAUACCUAACACGAGCUUCAAACAGCAAUCGGCUGGAAGCCCUCAACCGACGUCGAAAACAUCAUCAUCCAGUGACCAAUCUGCGUCGUGUAGUUCAGGGCCCGAAGUUCAACGGUUGACGACGUCAGCUGGCCGUAUUGAGUCGGUAAAGGAACAGCAGCCUAAUUCAAAGACCGGUACAGUCGGUAUUGGUUUCUCAGCCGAUGCCAGUGCCUGUACACCGGUUCCUCGUAUGACCAGCACUAGCAUUGUCGAAGAUCCACAGACAGAGCCAAGAAGCGAGUCUAUUUCUACUUCAGUUCCAAACACAUUUCUGGAGUCAAAUAAGCUGGAUGAGACCUCGAAAUUUGAAUAUUCGAGGCCAGACAAUCAUAUGCGUUCAUCAUCAAUUUCAUCUCGAUUCAGUUACGCAUUCCUUCGUAAGAAUUUAGAUGUGGGUUACGGUUCUUGCGAUGAUGUUUCUGCGAAGAAAUGUUCAUCCGUCGCGGAGCCUAAAAAUAUGCCUCCAAGCUGUAAUAAAAGUGGCAACGACGAAGAAAACGAAAACUUUCUUAACGUUCUUAGUUCAGAAGAAGCUAUCGUCAAGCAUACGACGACCACUUCGCGAAACUCGCCGUGUUUAAGCUCUUCUACACAGACAAAGUUGGGAACCUCGAAAAAUACUUCGGUUUCCUGUAGUCAAAAUCUUUCAGCUCUGGACUUAUCAUUUGUAAGCAGCCCGUUAACAGAGCAAAAUCUACCGGUGUCAUCUGCUCUGGAAUGUUUUCGUGAUAAUGAAAAUAGAACGGGAACCGAUAAUAGUGGAAACAGAAAUGGAAGUAAAACGGAAACUCCAUGUGUUGCUACCACCAGUCGCUCUGCUUUUGAAGUUCUGAACAAGGAAGUUGACUGUGCGAGGACUAAUAAAGUCGGCGAAAAAAGCAAGGUGCUCGUAGGUUCCGAGGUGUGUCAAGAAAGUGUGUCGUGUAGACCGGUAACGUAUUUAAAGAGUGCCGAAAGUUUAGUGAACGUUGGUGAUCUGUUCAGAAAGAACGCUAUCAUCGAAACUAUUGUAAUUAGUGAUGAUGACUCUACUUCAGAAAAUGAAAUUCGUCAAACUCGUACAAAAUUUGCCAGAAAUUUAUCAUUCGAUGAUUGGGAAUGCAAGACUCUGGUGAAAUCCCUAAAUGUGAUUCCCGGAAAACUUCUGAUCGAAAAUGAAGAUAUGCUUCUGAAAACCAUCACUGUGAAUUCGACAUUUCUUGAGCCACACUUGAAUCGUGAUGAAGACAAUGAUAUCCAUGCAAAGAUUCUCCGCGUUCUCGAGAAUCCUUCUCUUACUGCUUCCCCUGUGACGUUGGAAGAACGGGUCACUAGUUCUGAAGGUUCGACUGUUUCUUCGACUCCAAAAAUGAUUGGGGACGAAGGAGGUAUCGAAGAAUCGGAUGUUGAAGUUAUAAAUAAUUGUCCUACUUCUGCCCUAACUGAUUUUUUUGAAAAUCGAGGAAGAAUCACCAACCCUAACACCUUGAUGAAGAUCGCUCGUUCAAAUGCAGAGAUUCAAAUUUCAUCAAAAGUAGAGCCUAAAGACGGAAAUGAUCCAUCAACAUCCCCGGAUUCAGAAAACUCUUCUGGACAUGUGGCGAUCCUAAGUACCGAAAAACAAAAAACAUUGAAGCUCGUUCAAGUUCCUCAUGAUGCAUUUCCUGCUGCGGAAUCGACACCCAAAGCAACGCUAACAGAAAGCAUAUCGUCGGCAGAUAUGAACAUUCAAACUGUAAGUUCGAUAGUUUCUCAGAAAUCUAUCAUUUCCACUGCUGCGGUCGAACCUGACAAUAAUGUUACAUCGCCGCUUGAUGUUGUGAAACAGACAUUGACAGCACUUCCUGGUGAGAAAUUGGAAAGAGGGUCCACUACAGAACGCGGACGAAGCCCACAAAUAACCUCAACUUCUUAUACUGACAGUCAAAAUUCAAUUUUAACAUCUACAAUAAGGGAGAAAAUUUUGAAGUCUACAGCUUUUCAGACGCUCCUUGCCAAGUACGGCGAUCCGUCAUUAUCUGGUAAUAAUUCCAGUAUAACAAGUUCUGCGGGUAUCUCUGUAAAUAAUGCAUCACGAUUAUCAAACCCUGAUGUUACAAAUGAAAAUCACGCUCCAGUACGCAGCGAGGCUUCAGAAAAAACAAAAGCAGAAACAAGUUGUCAUUCACCAGUGAAAACUAACCACUUGAACGCGAUCGCGUCAAAUAACCUGUUAUCGAGUUCAAAGUUUUGUGGUUCCAAUGCUAAUUCUACAGCAAACUUGUCUCGUGAAGAUGCCACUGAGGCGUCUCAUAUCGACAACUCACGUCAACACAGCUCAACGAUUAUCACGCAAUCUCAUUCCUAUGGUAAUUGUAACACUGCGCAAGAAAUUUCAUCUAAAAACCGCCAAAUUUAUGUGACGCCGUCGCCGUAUUCAAACAUGGCAGAAGAUUCAUGCCAUAAAUUAGACGCUUCCUCGAAAUCGUCCAAACUUCCACCAAAAUCCUGCCAUUCCCAAAGUUUGCUGCAGAAACGUCCGUCUAUCAAACAGCAUGAAUUGCAGGUUAAUAAACCUGACAAGCUUGAAAAAUCGAAAGCGCUGGGGGAAAACUCUGUUAGUGACCAGACCGUGUCUUCAUCAAAGAUAGCCGGUACGGAAUGUUCAUCUGUCCAAUCAGCUCAAUCAAAAGAGAUAAUUUCUCACAAAGAGUCUGUGAAAUCUAAUUCACAUCAUGUAUCGAAUGUUAAAAAAGGAUCGCCGACCCUGAAUUCGUUUUCAGCCGCAGGAAUUGACUCAAUGCAACGACCCCGUAAAAACCCGGAGACUCUUCCAGGUUACACUUCCUGCAGGCAAGACCACAGUCCUUGUACGGGGUCGACUAUUAGCUAUCCCGCACCGUCGCAGAAUGACCGGUUGUGCUCUCUUACGGAAGUCGCGGCAAAAGAACUGCUGGAAAGAACUAAUUCAUUCACAAAGUCACCGCGCGAAACAACGACUUCGAAGAAAACUACUCAAAACCACUACGAUUCGACAUCACCUCACGGAAAAUCGGCCAUUGUUGCAGCAUCUACACACGAAAAAGUCAUCUCAAUCAAAGAUUCCGCGUCAAAAACUGCUCUUACCAAAUCAGUGUCCCAUCGUAAGUCAUUGCCAGAUUCGUCUAUGUUGAAGAAAGUAUCGUCUGGUCUUGAAACAGGGUCACUAUUUGAUUUAAAUCUCAGUAAGGAGUUGGGUGGGAAAAAGGAACUUGUUAGUUUUAAAUCUUCUACAAAAAUUACCGGGAAUUCCGAACUUUCCUCCAAGAUUCGGGAUUGUACACAAAAGACUGAUAAAGAAUCAGAAGCUACAAGUAAAACGCCUAAAAAACUACUUUUUGCCAGUAAAUUGGCUUCGUCGACGAAAAUACGCAGUCCCAGUAAUCAUCCGUCGCCACCUGUAUUUAUAUCGCCCAAAAAGCCUCUGAUAAGCCAUCCAGCGACGUAUCAGAAGAAUUCAUUGAUGAAAAGUAGAUGUGAUGUGAAGUCGGCGCUCUCGAUCGAAUCUUCGGAUCCAGUUAAUAAUGCUAAUAUGUCCGGUGGAAGCCAAAAAAAGAUUACCGAGGUAUCAUCAUCAGUCUGCAAUACAAUUGCUGAUAAGCAAGAAUUCAGAGAAAUCUUAUCCAAAAAACAAGUAUCGCCUAUUACUCACUAUCCAGCACAUGCGGACAGAAGAAACAAAUCUACUUGUGUCAGCCCCUCAGCUUCGAUUCCUCAUAAGCAAUCGUCUUCGCAAAAAGUCAACAAGGAAAACUCAUCUGUAAAGCGAAGUGGAAAUCGGCUUGUUCCUCGAAUGAAAGAGGAAACGUCGAAGUCUUCAUUAGAAAAGAACAGAGUGGUCGAGUCAUUUUGCAAUUCUGAAGAACCUUCUAAUAGCCAGAAACCAAAAAAGAAAGCGCGAAUGCAGGAUGAACAAGAUACAAGUGAGAUUAGUCGCGGCGGCAGAAUUGGCGCUACUGCACCCGCUACCAUUGGCAAAUGCUACCCAAAUUCUCUGAACCAUUCGAGGCAGAAGGAGGGUAAGAAAACGCUCGGCUCGCCAGGUGCUGUGUGUAAAAUUGGUUCUUCUAGCAAGGUUGCCUCAGAUACUUGUAAAACUUCAAAACAUGAUUCGGGUGCAAAAUUAGCUAAAGAAUCGCAUAAGGAAAAACAUUUGAAGCCCGAUAAGAAACAUAGAAGUACCAAGUGUGAAACGAAAGAAACGACAGACAUUCCGAUUGCGUUCGACCAUCAUUCCAUUAAUAUUGAGAAAAAAUCACAGAAUGUCAAGUGUUCGGUAGGAAAUAAAAGAAAAACAAGUGACGAGUUGCUAGGCUCAAAUGCAUCUCAACAACUACAGAACAAACGAAAGGAAUGUGAAUUUCCACCCGAUAACAAAAUGGGUCACACCGUAAAAAAAUUCAAAACUUCUAAUGACAAAUCAAAUGCCCCUAAAAAUUCCUCAACUUCUCCUGUGCGCUCGCAUGAUGUGGCGACCACGCCGCGACAUUCAAGUAAAAUUUUUGAAAAAAAUCCUAAGAAGUCCGUUGUGACAUCAAAGCACGAAUCAAAGAGAUCAGGUCACAAAGUUAGCGGAUUUAAAGACCUCAGGAAAGACGAUACACCGACAAAGAUUCUCAGUGAAAGUAAGAUCAAAGAUUCUGCUGGAAAAAGCAGUAAGCCAUGCAAGGCUUCAGAAAAGAGUGAUAGGAAAUUAUUGGAGCAAUCGAAGGUUUUGUCGGGUGAAAGUAAUUUACGGAAAAAUGCAAGCGUCAAAAACAAAAUUCCAGAAGUGAUAUCUGGAAAAGAAAGUGAAGUAGAAACUGUGCAGCAAGCUCACAAUAAAACCUUAGAAGAAAAUUUCAAGGAUACCAAAAAGUCGUCUGAAAAAAAUUCGAGAAAAUUGAGUGAUAGGGCAAGUACAUUCUGUGAAAAUGGUAAACCUUCUGUGGAUACAGACCCUGACGAGUUUGACAUUGCAAUUCCUGAGAAAUCUAACAUAAAAAUAGUUGAUCCUGAAGUCACAAACGACACCACUACCCUGCCAUCUUCAGCUGAUGAAAUCGUGGAGAGUUUCAAGGAAGCGUUUGAACAGACGAAGGAAUUCUUGGUUUACAACUCCCUCGGAAGAAUCUUGGAUGAUGUUCGCGAUUGCUACAUACAGGCCUUGCAACACUAUCACAAGAAUAAUGAUGAAAUUGCAUUAAUGAAAUGCGUCAAACGCAUUGGUGACACAAGUGGAUACGAAAUAGCGCGAACUGCAGAGAACCAGUUCGUCGACUAUUUGAAAUCACCUGAAAAGUCUCCAGACUAUCAUAAUGCUCAUCGUAGUUAUGGUACUCGCCAAGAUCCCACUAUGCCUUGGGAGGCUUUCUGGCGCCUUAAAAUGGAGCUAUGGCGCGAGGAGAGAAUACUUCACCUCAAGCUUAUGUGGCGCUCAUGCUUCAGACGCUGA